AUGCAGCCCCACGCUGCAUUUCUCCGCAGCUACCGCAAAACCUUACCGACGGCAGCCGUCCCCUCCCCCACUCCAGCACGCGCAUGUGCACUGCCCUUCCGCAGCACCCGCAUGAGUGCCCCGCGCUGCCAACGCAGAUGUAGUAAUGACCAAUCUAAUUCUUUUCAAAUCCUCGUGCCACCACAUGAAGGGCUCGCACCUCCGACUAUAGAAGAAUCACCUGCGGUGCGCCCUGCCCUACGCCGCCGCCGACACACACACCUCGCCGCUCUGUGGGGAUCGCUGUUGGACGUGUUUGAGAGGGCUCCCCACAACCCACAACUACCGCCACAGGCCCACGAGAGUGCAGCACAAAUGCUCAUACAAAAAGUCCCGCCAUGGUGCCCGAUCCCACCGCAUUCGCACCACCGUGUUGGAGUUGGUGGCGGAGCCUUUCACCUCUCAGUCUCCCUCUCCCUCUCCCUAUCCUUCUAUGAUGUCUGCUAA